AAUUAAAAGAAAGAACACUAUGCGAUGUGUCUUUUUUCAACAGCAUAAAAGGGUUCCGAUAUUUGAGACACAACUAUUACCGCCAUAGGAAAAUCAUUCAAAAUAACCAAAUGGAAGAAGUGUCAUAACGAUAUUGGCGGCAGCAUUUCGGAAUGGAUUACUUGAAAUCAGUAGUGCCUUCUCAGCUGAUUGCAGAAAGAGGAUCCAACAUCGUAGUCAUUAAUCCAGGUUCUGAAAAUAUUAAAGUUGGUCUGGCAUCAUGGCAGACACCUGUGGUGAUUCCCCAUUGCAUUGCACAUCAUAUGAAGGGGCCCAUGGACGAACAGACACAAAUAAACAAGAAAAAUUGGGAGCAAAUUUAUACAUUUCCCGUAUCACCUACUCGGCAAAGGGAGCGUGAAGAAGCCUACCAGAUGAUUACGUCACACUUGAAAGUGCAACCUCCAAACCAUGAAAGAGGGAGAGAGUCCUGGUUUCGUAAGCCAGAUUAUUCCGAAGGUGGUUCUCUUCCAUGGACUGAAGUGAAGGAGACUUUAAACUCCCCUAACAUGGCAACCAAUGCAGAUCACCAAGCUAAUGCAGACAUCAGUGAUGCAAAUGCUGGCAGUAUUGAUGAAUCUACUCGCUCUAGUAUUACUGAAUCAAGUAGUUCUGAUUAUACUUUCAAACAUUUUAUAUGUGGUGAUGAGGCUCUGAAGAUUUCUCCCAAUCAACCAUAUUUCUUAAGGCAUCCCGUUCGACGAGGCCAUCUUAAUAUUUCUCAAACUUAUUCUAUGCAGCAGAUAUCUGAAGAUCUUUACCACAUCUGGGAUUGGAUUUUAUGGGAAAAGUUGCACCUUUCUCCAAAUAACCGUCAUAUGUUCUCUGCAGUUUUGAUUGUUUCUGAGACAUUUGACAAUCGUGAAAUCAAGGAGAUGUUGUCCGUUGUUUUGCAAGAUUUGGGGUUCAGUUCUGCUGUAAUCCAUCAGGAAGGUAUUGCAGCAACCUUUGGAAACGGAGUAGCUUCUGCAUGUGUUGUGAAUAUAGGUGCUCAAGUUGUAUCCAUUUUGUGCAUUGAGGAUGGAGUUGCUUUGCCAAUGACAGGAGUGACACUCACAUUCGGUGGAGAGGAUAUAUCUAGAUGCCUUCUAUGGGUGGAACAGCGCCGUCAAACUUGGCCACCAAUUGACACUGAUCCCAUGGGGAAGCCAAUAGAUUUUCUUAUGCUUAAUAGGUUGAAGGAGACCUUCUGCAAAUUUAAAGAAGGAGAUUCAAAUGCUCCUGCAGAUGUCUAUUACUAUAAGGCAGGCUUGCCACCUGAUGUUUACAGGGUUGCUAUGUCUGCUCUAAAUGUGCCCUCCAUGGGCCUGUUUUAUCCAUUUCUUUUAAUGCCAGAUGAGUACCCCCCUCCUCCUCGUCCUUGGUUUCAUGACUAUGAAGAUAUGAUGGAAGACAGCUCACACAGUGAAUUUGGCAAAAGGCCAGAAGGAGCUGAAACUUUCUUUUCUGGUUGUAAUUAUGCAUUGGGUAUGCAAGAUCCAAGUCAGUAUAGUCCCAAAUUAAAAAAGGAAGACAAUAUCGUAGGACUUGCUGAGGCUAUUACAAAUAGUAUUCUUGCCACAGGACGCCUCGAUCUUUACAGAAAAUUGUUCACAAGUGUGCUGCUUGUAGGUGGAGUCGCAUCAACAAAAGGCCUAGUUGAUGCAGUAGAACAAAGGAUCUUGAGUGCUAUUCCAGAUCAUGUAGAUGUUGAUAUGGUUGAGGUAUUGCAGCUUAGAACAGACCCACUGACAAUCGUCUGGAAGGGUGGUGCUGUUCUUGGAAUUUUGGAUUUUGGUCGAGAUGCAUGGAUUCAGCGAGAACAUUGGGUGCGUGGUGGAAUUCAUAUAGGGAGUGGUCAAAAGUACAGAGAUUCAUUCUUAUUUCAAACACAAACCUCAUGGUAUAUAAAUAAUUAGAUAGGAAUCAAAUAUUAAAUGCCUAGAAAUGUAAAGUUUCAUAUUCUUUAUAAAUUUACUUGUACGCUAAAGUUCAUUUGCCCUGAAUUUUUAAAAAUUAACUAUCUUGUAAUGUCAAUAUUGUGGCUCUCAUUAAUUUGGGGACGAGCACUUGAGCCUUUUAAUACUUAUUUUUGUUUACAUUGACA